AUGAAACCCCAGGUGGAUUAUUACGACCCUGAAGUAGACGUGCGGCACUCAUCUCCUGGCCUGGUGGCAACGCAGAUCAAUUACAAACCCGAGGAAUCUCCGCCGCCAUAUAUCUCAACGUCUCCGUCAUCAGGAUCAGUGUCGCCGGAGCCGGACACGAUAACGAACGACCAAGAGGGCCAUACCGAAUCUCCUCGCCUCCCUGCGAAGAAGAAACUUAAGAGGAAAAAGAAAAGAAAGGGUCGAACUCGUCCAUCGCAGGGUGACGCGGUACUGAUCAGCUAUCUAGACCCAAAUCGUCCAGAUAUAGCGCGAGAGGUGGCUCAACACGCAUUGAAUUCUGCCUCUCAGUCGGAGGCUGAGGAAGACACAGAGAAGGACAUGAGUGGGGAUGGUGAUGAAGAAGAAGACGACGAUGACCGUACCAAGAACAAGUGUCGCGAUAAUCCACAGACUACCGAUCUCACGACCAAAGCGCAGGCCGCCCUGCAUGAUGUUUUCAUGGAAGACCCUGCUCCGGAGCAGCAUGUUGUCUCGGCCGGCUUCGCCAUGCAUGGAGCAGUGAAUGGGACUACGAAGGAGCACAGCUUGGUUAAUGACGCGGCAACGCUGCAUGUAAGCCUGCAUGCGCUUCAGAAUCCAGAAGGUCCCUCGAAAUCGUUAUGCCCUCCUUUACCAUUGAAAAUCGAACCGUCAUUCCCGGAAGGCAAGGGUGAAAUUGAGGAUGAAUCCAUCACUACCUCUCCUGCGCUGGCCAAGUUUGCCAUAUCUGCAGCGGAGGCAAAUCCUGAUAGCACCUUGCCGGCAAUGCAGAAAUCACCGCCUCGAUCGAUGUCAAGCCACUCACCCGAUAGCGUUCAGAACCUCCCUUCUCUCCAAACCACUCUCGGCCAAAUCGUAAGCACGCCGAUUACGGACACUCCUAACGCAACGUCACCCUUUUCCCAGAUCCUAGGGCAGUCACCUAUCGUGACCCGUCCGCAGCAUAUGGCCGCAGGUACAGGCCCCUCACCUAUCGUUUACUCUCAUCCCUCCCCAGCCUCCUCGAAAGACAUGACGACUAUGUCUCCACCCGGCUAUCCAAGUCACGCGAGCCUUUGGCGAAGUACUCCCAAGGAAGGUUCGCUCAGUACGAUAUCGCAACCAGCGUCUGUGCCUGGCCUGACCCCCUCGGCGUCAUACCCUUCACCAAAAGAGAACACAAGCCCUGAAAGCAGUACCACUCCUCAGUCCCUGAACGGCGCUUUGUUGACCAAUGGAGCCAUCACAACCACAGCCUUCAAAUGUGCUCAUCCAGGUUGCACUGCUUCUCCAUUCCAGACACAGUAUCUACUCAAUUCACACGCAAAUGUACACUCUUCAAAUCGACCGCACUACUGUCCCGUCAAGUCAUGCCCACGGAGCGUUAGUGGAAGAGGCUUCAAAAGAAAAAACGAGAUGAUCAGACAUGGCCUGGUUCACGACUCGCCCGGCUAUGUGUGUCCUUUCUGCGCGGAUCAGCAGCAUAAGUACCCACGGCCGGACAAUCUUCAAAGGCACGUUCGAGUGCACCAUCCAGACAAGGAACGCGAUGAUCCCCAACUACGAUCAGUUCUGGCCCUUCGAUCUGGGGAUGGAGGUCGAGGCCGACGGCGACGCACUGGCCCAUGA